UGUCAAAAUUAUGUUGUAAUAUUGAUUGUGUAAAUUAUCGUGUAUUUAUUUAGGAUUAGGAUAUUACGUGAUUAUAUCUAAUAUCAUUAAUAUUAUAUGUUGUAUAGUCAACUUUGAUUUACAGUGUUAACAUAAAAAUGGUUUGAUGUAGAUCACAUACUGUUUUAUACUUAAAAUAUAAUUUUAAUUGUAAGUGUUUACAUAAAUAAGCCAGACAUUAAUAAAAAGGAACUAUGGUGGAAAACGGGGGAUCUAGUGGUGGCAGUGAAAGUCCAAAUGCAACCUGCGUACGAUCGGGACUACUGGAAACCCUGGUUCGGGGUGUGUGGUAUCGCGUCCACUGUUCCCUAGAGGACGACUAUCUUAGCGUUUGUUUAGACGACGGAUACGAUGCAACUACUACUUUAAAUGGUACUCUAAACAACAAUAAUGUUGAAACGCCCAACAGCGAUUUCACAGAAGUCCCGGAGGCUAUCGCUAACCAGAAGCGCGUGGUACAAGUAGUUAAAUCUGACAACAAUGGUCUUGGCAUAUCGAUAAAAGGCGGUAUAGAAAACAAUAUGCCCAUUUUAAUAUCUAAAAUAUUUAAGGGCAUGGCAGCAGACCUAACUGAACAAUUGUAUGUUGGUGAUGCAAUAUUAUCUGUUAAUGGGGAAGAUUUGAAGGAUGCAACCCAUGAAGAAGCUGUGAAAGCUCUUAAAAGGGCUGGAAAAAUGGUCCAGUUGGAAGUAAAAUAUCUGAGAGAAGUAACACCAUACUUCCGGAAGGCCUCCAUUAUAAGUGAGGUCGGUUGGGAACUGCAGCGAGGGUACAUGGUAGAGGCUCCACCUUCCCCGCCCUCGCCGCGACGACGCCGCGCCGACACAAGAUAUGUGCCGCUCUUAAUGGCUUGUGUGGCAAAGAAUCUACGACAUCAUGAUCCAGAGGAGAGAACAAUAGAGAUCUACUCGCCGGACGGCGUGCACGCGCUGGCGUUGCGCGCGGCGUGCGGCAACACGGCGGCGGGGUGGCACCGCGCGCUGCACGCGGCGGCGCGGCGCGCGUGCCGGGCCGCGCUGGCGCGCGCGCGCCCGCGCCUGCGCCCGCUCAUGGGCGACGUGCGCCACGCGGGCUGGCUCGCCCGCCGCCCGCCCAGUGAACAUGUUGGCGCGUCUGCUGGUUCGGAUGAAUCGGACGAGGCCGAAGGCUGGGUACCGACCUUCGUUGCAAUCACGGAUCGGGAAUUGAGACUAUACGAAGCAGCGCCCUGGUCGGCGGAGGCGUGGUGCGCGCCGAGCGAGUGCUUCGGCCUGGCCGCGACCCGGCUGGCGUGGUGGCGGCGCGGCGGCGCGGGCGCGGCGGCGCUGGGCGUGCGCGCCGGCACCGUGGCCGGCCUGGUCGUGCGCUCCCUGCGCGCCGACACGCCGCACGACCUGGCGGCGGUGGCGGGCGCGCUGGUCGACGGGGCGCACCACGCGGUGCGCGCGCAGCCCGAGUUCACUUUCCGGUGUCGGUACCGCGGCGCGUGCGCGCGGCUGUCGCUGGGCGCGGGCGGCGUGUGCGUGUGGGAGGCGGCGGGCUCGCUGGGCCGCGGCGGCGCGCGCGCGCUGUACCGCCGCCCGCUGCACGCGCUGCGCGCCUCCGCCGACGACGACCGCGCCGCGCUCUGGCUGCACUUCGCCGACGACACGCUGGAGCUGGACAUGGAGGGCAGCCCGAAGCCGGCGGUGUUCAUCCUGCACAACCUGCUGUCGGCGCGCGUGCACUCGCUGCCGGGCGAGGCGGCGUCGCAGCCGCUAUAGCCCGAGGACGCGGACGCCGCCGACGCGUUCGCGCCGCUCUUCUGAGCCGCCCCGCCCCGCCCCGCCCCGCCCCGCCCCGCCCUGCCGCGAGCCGCCGCGGACGAUACCGCAUAUUGGUCCUUCGAGACUUUUAUCAUCUGUAACGGUUUAUUGUUAUUGCUUCGAACGUUUAAACCGUUAGAGACGUUAACGAAGGACCAAUAUUUUGCGAUAUAGUCGUUGGACCUUCGAAGACGUUAAAGCUAGUGCUAUAGCUGCGAUGCUGCCUAUUGGUCCUUCGAGGGUCUGAAUGUCUUUAAUGUAAUGGCUGCGUUAUUGAAAGACUUCAAGGAUCCAAUUGGUUGGUCCUUCUAGGAUAUAUAUUCUGUAUUCAAUCUACGUGUAUAAUGCGCGUAAGACUGCUUUAACAUCAACUGGCAAUUUAUAUUAAUUGGAACGGGUUUUGGGUGUGUGAGAUUGAAUGAAUGAACGUCAUUUAUAAGAUCGCAGGUUAAGAACCCUUCACCCAGCUUGUUAAUGGGUAAAAUUUACUUUAUUUCAAAUUAAAUAAAUCAAUAAAGAUAUUGCAAAUAGGUUGCCAAAACAACUGUAUGAGUUUAGUGUACAACAUCACAUGGUGAUAACGCUUAAUUAAGGGGUGGCUUUUUUUAAGAUAAAUAGUUGAUCAGAAAUUUUGUCGGCAUGUGGGUUAUCAUUGAAAAGCUCUUUUGGUUUCUUUUUAAAAUUAAUUAAUUUUUGGGUGCAUAAGAGGCAUCGGUGGACAGAUCUGUUAAAUUCGAAUUUAGGUUAAAAGUAAGAUCGUUCUAUACUGGUUUCUUAGACUAUUAAUAAUUGCUGGAAUUCCCUAUCUCCACAUUGGGUAACAAAGUUAGAAUUGAAGAAUCCAUAAAUAUUUGACAUCUUAUCUACAAAAUAAAUCGAAUAAAAAAAUUGUUUCUACAUUAACAUCAUCGAUUUAUAUUAUACACAAACAUUAAACGUAAUUCUAUGUUAUAAAGAAUUUUAAACACUCCUUGCAAAUACAUUGACGUGCAUAUCUAAUACAUACACCCUAAACAAUUCCUAUUGACAAAGCCAACGCGGUAUUUAAUGUCAAAUUUACAUUUGGCGCUCAGCUUUAUAUCCUAUGAAUGGCGGCUUUUUUGAGCGUCUGCGAGAGAUAUUUAAUAGUUGAUUGUCUCAACUGUUUAUUAAAACGAUGUCUCUGGUGUAGAAAAUAUAGUAAAUCGAAAUCCACUCAGAUGGGAUUUUUUUUACAACUCUAUCGCUGUAGUUAAAUCUUUAUAAUUCUAUGGCAAUAAGGAUUGAUAAUCUGGGGCAAUAAAUAUGUUUUCUCAAUUAAAAACACUUGAUAGGUAUUUUUUUUUUUUUGUAAUUUUUCCAAGUUAUUGCCCCAAUUUUUUUUAAACAGUUUUUUUCUAUAUCGUGAUAUUAGUUAUAUUUUUAAUCACCGAUACAAACCGGGUUUCAUUCUUUUAUUCGAUUUGCGUCGUUACUGUUUUUUAAACUAAUUGUCAAUUAAUCAUAAAUCAUUUUUUUAGCUUUAAUAAAUAAAUACCGGUUAUUUUUCUAUAUGUGUCUUCAUACUAAAUAGUAGGGAAAGGCACGGUCAGGUAUUGCUAAAGACACGUAUUCAAUCAGUGAGUUUACAGUUUGAUAAAUAAAUAAAAAACAAAAAAUGUUUCCAAUUUUGUCUUGAACGGGUAAGAUAAAAUUCUCCCAAAGAAUGAAUCUCUUUAACAUUUUAUUAUUUAGUUAUAAUACCCUUAUAUUGUACGACGUGUUGAUUAUAAUAUUAUAUUUUUUAUAAUUUAUUUGUUGUAUAUAUACAUUAGACGUAGAAUUUAUACAUUCCCAGAAUGUAGAGUAGAUUUGCUUUAAUAAUUAUAAUUAUGUAAUAAUCGUAGGUGUGUAAUCUCAUGUAUAAUUUAGGAUUUCAAUUUUUACAUAAAAGUACUGCAUAAUGAUUUUACGAUGCGGCGUAAUAUGUGUAAACGUAGGUGUUUUUUGUUAAAUUUUAUCAUUAUUUAUGAUUUUUUCAAUAUAAUCAUGUAUAAAUAUUUCUCUAGUCUUCGGCGUAAAUAAGGCAAUAGCUAGAGAUUUGAGUAUGUGGCUAUGAUUAAGUAAUUGAUAUACAAACUUGGUUCGAUAAGUGUAAGGACUUAUACAGUAGGUGAAGGUUUUUAUUGUAUAGAUGUACUGUAGCUUGUUAUGUUUUGUUAUGAUUUUGAAAAUAAUAUUAUUCGUCUUAAUUAAUCGCACUUAAUUAUUUAUGAUAUGUAUUAACAAGGAAAAGACUGUUGCUGUCAAAUUGAGCCAAUUACAUUCCUUCUUUUAUUUCAUUAUCGUGGAAAAUAAUUGUAUUAAAAGUAAUAUUAAUUUAUAAUAUUUGUAGCGCAAUACGAAUUAUAUUCUGUUGUAAUAUCGAUCCAAAAUAAAGUUUAUUAGUUCUCAUAGUUUAGGUAAAUAUCUUAUCUCGUAAGCUACUUACGAGUGGCUCAAUUUGACAACGACAGUCGUACAUAAAUAUAAUCGAACAAAUUUAUUUUUGUAAGUAUUAAUAAAAUGGCGUCGGUCAGG